GCUGCAGCUAACUCGGGUCGGGAAAAUGCGACAGCGACUGCCCACUCGAGGUCGUCAUGGCGACAGCCAGUGAACGUGUUCCUCUCCCCGGGCAGGCCCCCGAGUGUAGAGGAGCUGCUUCGCGAAGCGCAGCUCAAUCUCCAGAGCCAGUUGCAAGAAGAAUAUGAGGAACAGUACUCGGAGGCCAGACUUCUGGGGCAGACCUUCCGCUCUGCUGAUGAGGCCCCUGAGCCCACCCCCAGCCCAAGGCCCCAGUCUGCCAGGCGCCUGGAGUUUGUGUUGAUGCCUACAAAGCGGCAGCUGAGCGAAGAUGAGACUACUACCCAGGGGGUGAGGGCCCCCGAGGCCUCCCUGAGCCUGCACAUCACUGUCGACAAGCAAGCUGCCUGGAAUAGCCCCUUCCCUCUUCCCAUCCUAGAGGAGAAGCGAUGGCUUCAGCCUUGCUCCACGCACUCUGACAUUGUGCCCAUCAACAUCUCUGGACAGCAGUUUGAUAAACAUGCAAGUUUGCGACACUCGUUGUUUAACACAGAGACAGCCGUGAACCCCAAGUCCACCCUGAGGCGGAGGCGGACCAUUAUUGGAUUCUCUAACUUUUCCCAGCGAGACUCAGGUCACAACAACAGCCCAGGAGGCAGCGUGGCCUGCCCUGCCACCUCAGACCUCAGGCCUAGUCGCUCAGUUCCAGAAGGUGUUCAUGGGAGAGUUGCAGUCGGUCAGGAAGCUCGGUUCCCAAAUCUCACUUCGCCAGCACUGAGAAAUCCUUGUCGUGACUCGGAAGAGCUUCAGCAGGCACGCAGCAGCACAAACCCUCCUGGCAUGGAAAGCAUGGCAAUGGUAUACAGCGUCCCUGCUUCUUGCAAUGGACCCACAGAAUCGACAUUCUCCACUUCCUGGAAGGGAGACGCUUUUACUUACAUGACUCCAAGUGCCACCAGCCAGAGCCAUCAAGCCAACGAACACGGGAAAAAUCCUUCCUCUGGGAAUUCUUGGGUCUCUUUGCACACGCUGCCACCUCUGCUUCCAAAGGAGACAGGGACCCUCUUUGUCACUCGUGACAACCCAGCAGGAUGCAGCGGGUUAACUGGCCACAGUGAGCGACCUCCUCUGCAAAGGCAAGUAUCGGAACGCCCGUCCAAGAUAGGCCUUCUGACCAGCGGUGCCUCGCGGCUGGAGACCGGCCCGGGUGGGGCCGGCCGGUUCCGGGAGCGGUCAUUGUCUGUGCCCACAGACUCGGGCACUGCAGAUGUGGAUUAUGAUGAGGAGCAGAAGGCCAGUGAGGCCUGUGCCCUGCCAUAUGCCAGCGCAAGCUCUGAGGGCAGUAACAGUGCCGACAACAUAGCCUCCCUCACUGCCCCUCAGGAGGCCCGGCACAGAAGGCAGAGGUCCAAGAGUAUCUCACUCAAGAAGGCCAAAAAGAAGCCUUGCCCACCAGCACGCAGUGUCUCACUGGUCAAAGAUGAGCCAGCCCUCUUGCCAGAAGAUGGGGCAGCUCUCGCCAAGGACCAGAGGCCCAGAAGCCUCUGCCUCUCCUUGGAACACCAAGGACACCACACGCCCCACCCAGAUGCUCAGGGUCACCCAGCUGCGCCAACCUUCAAAGAUCCAGAAGUUACACAGUUCUCCCACCACUGGUAUCUCACAGACUGGAAGUCUGGUGACACCUACCAAUCCUUGUCCAGCUCCAGCACUGCCACUGGCACCACAGUCAUUGAAUGUGCCCAAGUUCAGGGCAGCUCAGAAUCCCUUGCCUCCCCUUCCACCUCCAGGGCCACUACCCCUUCCCAGCUCUCCAUUGAGGUAGAGGCCAGGGAAGUAUCCUCCCCGGGAAGGCCCACUGGGCUGAUGUCACCUUCCAGUGGCUACUCCAGCCAGUCAGAGACACCAACACCCACCGUUUCCAUGUCCCUGACCCUGGGCCACUUGCUCCCGCUAAGCAGCAGUGUCCGCGUGCGUCCAGUGGUACCAGAGAGGAAGUCAUCACUACCGCCAACAUCACCAAUGGAGAAAAUCUCCAAGUCGCGGCUAUCAUUUGACAUACCACUGACCUCCUCAACCAACCUGGAUCUGUCUGGGAUGAGCAUCUCCAUCCGAAGCAAAGCCAAGGUCAGCCGGCAUCACUCAGAGACAAAUUUUGGGGCCAAACUGGCCCAGAAAACUAACCCCAACCAACCAAUCAUGCCCAUGGUUACUCAGUCUGACCUGCGUUCUGUGCGCCUGAGGUCGGUCAGCAAGUCUGAACAGGAAGAUGACAUCGAGAGCCCUGACUACCCUGAGGAACCUGGAGCAGAAGUCUUCCCCCUGCCUGAGAGAAAGACAAAACCUCCCAUAGCAGAGAAGCCCCUGCUGGCCCGGCGUCCUUCAAGCUUGGUCCACAAGCCACCAGCUGUCCCUGAAGAGCACCCACUGUCUUCGCCUCCCUUAGCUAUGACUCCCAAGAACGCAGUUCAACACAUGAGGCCACUCCCUCAAGACAUCUACACGGUGGUGCGGAAACCAAAGUCCCCCGGCACACCUGAGGGCAGAAGCCCCGGGGAGUCAACAGCAUCCUCAUCUCUUGUCUUCACACCUUUUGCCAAUUCCUCCAGUGCUUUGUUCGCAGGAAUGCAGCAGCCUCCCCAGGGAGGUUUGGAGGAUGAGAGCCCCAAGGGGAGAGGCCUGCCUGAAAGAAUUAAUCUCCAGAGCCAGGACGAAGCUGAGAAAAAAAAAGGCAAGAUUCCACCUCCUGUGCCAAAAAAGCCCAGCGUGCUGUACCUGCCUCUUUCCUCAUCCCCAGCUCAAGUGGAGGCCUUUGUGGUCGAGCCAAGGCUGCCUGUCAGCCCCAUUGUCACUUUGAAGGAAGAUGCUAAGUGUCCCCCCACUGGUGACAAACUGCUAUCCCCUGGCGCGAGGACGACAACUUCAACACUGCAGACUUAUGGAGAAAGGGAUGUGAGCCCUGUGGGAAAUUCUAUGGAACCCAGCACUGAAGAAAAAAGUUUAAUCAGUGAUAAAACAGCCGAAUGGAUUGCAGAAGAUGAUGAUGAUGUGUUUGUGGCUUCACGCACAACUGAAGAUUUAUUUACCGUGAUACACAGGUCCAAAAGAAAGCUGCUGGGCUGGAAGGAGCCCAGCGAGGCCUUUGGCAGUGGCAGACCAAGCUCCCACUCACCGAUAAGGAGCACAGCGGAUUCUCCCAUCAGUGAGUCAGCUACCUCUUCAGGGUCAGGCAGCAAUGCCAACUUAGAUGCUGGCAGAAAUGAUGAUUUCAAGGCCUUGUUGCAGAAGAAGGGAAGCAAGACAACUCCAAGGUCCCGCCCCUCAGCAGCCGAACUGCUGAAGACCACUAACCCACUGGCUCGGAGAAUUAUUGCACAAUUUUCAAAAGACUAUGAAACCACCGAUAAUCCCAGCACCUAAACCUUCGUGGGCUCAGCAAGCAGGGUUUAUUUACUAAAGUUGAGUAGAGAAUGGGAAAGAGAAAGGGU